GUGUGUCCAUGUUUACCGUGAUUAUCUACCCGCGUAAGUGUGUGUGCGUGUUUAUGAUCAUCCUUCAAGGGGAAAUGAUUCAACUGCUACUGCGACACAAAAAUCAUUUGCCACGGAAAAUGGCCCGAACAGCGAUUUCGUUUGACAACAAAACGACUUGUGAGGUGUUGCUUAAAGGCCAAAAUGAAACGAGUGCGAAAUAUUUUCGAGAAACAAACGACUGAUUUUUCGUUUCUUAAAAUCGUAUUUGGCUGUUAAAAUGUCCGUUUGGUGUUCCCGUGGCUUUCAUUCAUUCGAAAAGCCUGUUUUGCCUUUUGGGGCGAGCACAAUCAUUGCGACACAUUUUGGGGGGGGGCAAACCCAGCGGUGAGAUAAUUCGGCAGGGGGCAAUUGUUUGUGUCAACUUCAAAUGACGGACAGUCGAUCAAUCGCCUGGUCAAUUGCCGCAAUUGCGCGCGCGCGCACACACACACGUCAAAUUUUCAAAAUGGCUCGUUAAACUCUGUCAAUACAGGACGUGGGUGGGAAAUGAUUUUGAACACGUUUGAGAUCCAAGCACGGCUCAGGACACGUUGAGAUGCAACUUGAUAUAAAUUGUGUGUCUAUAAAAAAAAAAACAGACAUGAACGCGUUUGGCUUGCGAAAGAGCAGUUGACGGAGGCUACGUACGUGAGUCACGUGCUCGCGGGGCGCUCGCCGGUCCGAACGUGUCCCGAUUGAAGGGGGGGGGCGGUGACGUCAGCGGAGGCACAUGGGGUCUGGAGAGCAGCAAAGUCCUUCACUCGAGUGCGCGUCCUGCCGCGCGACGCGCCUCCUCCUCCUCCUCCUCCUGCUCUUGGUCUUGGUCUCGUUCUUCAUCAUCCUCCCGCUCCUCCUCCUCGCGCUUUUGGUCAAUGGCAGCAAGGAGAACCGCGGCGGCUGGUUCGGGUUCCGCUGGUGGCGCGCGCUAACGAUCGGAAAGAGCGCGGGGUCCCGGCUCCCCGCACGCCGCCAUCGAGCGCCAAUAAGCGGGCGCGGGCAGGGAAGGGAAGGGAAAGGAAGGAGGGAGGGAGGGGAGGGAAGAAGAAGGGGAGUGGGGGGGCUCGAACCCCAGGCGGGCGGCAGGAAGGCCGGCCGGCCGACCGGGGAUGGCGACCCCCCCGGCGAGCCGCUGAGUGACGACGCUCGGCUCCCCCUCGGCGCCUCAUGGACCCGCGCCGCAGCGGGCCGGUUGCGGCGCCCCCGGCCGCCGGGGGCCAGCAGGCCACGGUGGCGGCCUCCUCUUCCUCCUCCUCCUCGACGUCGUUGUCGUCGCACGCCAAAUCCUUGGCCUUCUCCAUCGAACGGAUCAUGGCCCGGACGCCCGAACCCAAGGCCGUCCCGCUGCCCGGCUGGCUCCGCCCGGCGCCGGCGGGGCUGCCCGACUCGUGCCCGUCUUCGCUGCACUGCAUGAUCCCGCUGGUUCCGUUCGGCUACGCGGAGCAGCACCGGCUGGCCCUCCACCAGGACGCGGCGGCGGACCCGCCCGGCUUCGGACUCCACGAGCCCGUCCGCACCCAGCCGGACGGCGGCCACUACAAACUCUUCCGGCCCCGCGUGGUGACCCAAUCGGCGUUCCCGUCGCGAGGUACCGUGUGCUACCUCAACUGCGGCGCCGGGGCCGGGGACGCCGGGUCCGCGGGGCUCCUCAACCUGCACCCGAUGGCCUCCUACCUGCUGGCCGGCAGGCACAAGCCGGGCCCGCUGCCCUACCAAGCCGCGCAGAACCACCUGCAGAACCUCAUCAAGGAGCGCGACUUUGGAGAGAAGAUUCUGAAGAACUCGUCGUCGUCGUCCGCCGCCGCCGCCGCCGCGGCGAGGCUCGCAGGAGGAAAACCCAAAGUGUUCACCUGUGAAGUCUGCGGAAAAGUGUUCAACGCGCACUACAACUUGACUCGCCACAUGCCGGUGCACACCGGCGCCCGCCCGUUCGUCUGCAAAGUCUGCGGGAAAGGCUUCCGACAGGCCAGCACCCUCUGCAGACACAAGAUCAUACACACUCAGGAAAAGCCUCACAAGUGCAGCCAGUGCGGCAAAGCCUUCAACCGCAGCUCCACGCUCAACACGCACACGCGGAUCCACGCUGGCUACAAACCUUUCGUUUGCGAGUUCUGCGGCAAAGGCUUCCACCAGAAAGGCAACUACAAGAACCACAAGCUGACCCACAGCGGCGAGAAGCAGUUCAAGUGCUCCAUCUGCAGCAAGGCCUUUCACCAAGUCUACAACCUCACCUUCCACAUGCACACGCACAACGACAAGAAGCCCUUCACCUGCCCCACCUGUGGCAAAGGAUUCUGCCGCAACUUCGACCUCAAGAAGCACGUGCGCAAGCUGCACGACCACGCCGCCGCCAUCGGCGCCCAGCGGGCCGCCGCCGCCGCGCCGACGCCCGGCGCCACCCAGCAGCUGUGAGGCUCUCAAGCGACGGCCCCCCGUUGCGAACAACAAACGGUCGCUCGUCGUUUCUUUGGUUUCCGUCAUACGACCUCAAUCGCGGAAAAGGGGGGUUCCGGACCCCGCGUGAAGUCCAAUUCCGCAGAUACUUCGAGAAGCAUUUCGGCACUUGUUGUUAUUAUUUUUCAAGUCAAGUCAACUUUAUUGUCAAAUGUGCUUCAUG